UCGGAGGCGCGUGUUUAAAUCGUCUUCCUGUUUACGUUCGCACAGAGUUGAACUGUCGCGACAUUAACUUCGUUAAAAGAACAAUUUAAAGUUCUGACGCAGGAGAAGAAGUCGUUCACGCAAACCAGCGACGAACACGCAGGUGGAGGGAGUUAGCUGCGCAGGUUAGCCGCUAAGCUAACACACACACACACACACACAAACAACCUGUAGCUAGCAGCUAGCAGCUAGCAUGGUGGUGCUGAGAGAAGGGAUGUGUCCCGGACUGGAGGAGGAUUUAAUCCGAGACCUGCGAUCUGCCGACGUCAGGACAGUGGAGGACCUGGUCUCAUCCGACAUCGAGGAACUGGCUCAGAAAUGUUCCACGUCGUAUAAGGCUCUGUUUGCCAUCCGCAGAGUGCUGCUGGCCCAACACACUGCUUUCCCCGUGUCAGGCGCUGAUCUCUACGAGGAACUAUUGAGCUCAACAGCCAUCCUCUCCACUGGAAAUCCCAGCUUAGAUAAACUGCUGGAUUCCGGCUUGUAUACUGGAGAGAUAACAGAGCUGUCAGGAGGCCCAGGAAGUGGCAAAUCUCAGGUGUGUUUUGGUGUCGCGGUGCACAUUUCUUACCAGCUGAAGCAGAGUGUAAUAUAUAUUGAUACGACAGGAGGGCUGAGCGCCAGCCGCUUGCUUCAGAUGCUGCAAACUGAAACGAGCAACACAGAGGCGCAGAUGGAAGCUCUUCAGAGGAUCCACAUCUUCCGCGUGUUUGACAUCUUCUCCUUACUCGACUGUCUGCACGGUCUUAGCGGUGGCGGGCUUCAGCAGGCAUCAGGCGGCGGUGGCUCUGUAAAGGCAGUGAUUGUGGACUCGGUGUCAGCCGUUAUCUCUCCUCUACUGGGAGGCAAACAAAAUGAAGGGAUGUCGCUGAUGAUACAAGUGGCCGGAGUUCUUAAGACGAUGGCGAAGGACUUCAACAUCGCAGCAUUGGUAACAAACCACGUGACGAGGAGCGGCGGCGGCGAGGUGCUGCCGGGCCUCGGUGCGUCGUGGAGUCACAUCCCCAGAACCAGAGUUCUGCUGGAGCGGCUGGAGGAGGCCGGGGCUGCCGGUCGCUCCAGUCUGCGCUCAGCAACACUGAUCAAGUCCUCCAGACAGCCGUGUCUCGUCAGAGAGCAGUUUGACUUGAAGUGGUGGAGUCGCUCCAAAGAAGGAACCUCCGGAAAAAGAAAACGGGACGAGACCGAUUCCUGACGAGAGCCAAUUAAAAAAUCCUCUGACAAACAAAAAAAAAAAAA